AUGCCUUAUAGAGGAAAUGAGAACGUGAACGUGACUGCAAGUACCGAACAACUCUGGGAGGUGCAGCAGUUGCUUGAAAGGGAUGUCAUAUGUGCUGUCAAGGCUUUCUUUAUUCACGUGGUCAAUAGAGAUAUGAGGGAAAUUGUCAACAACUUUGGAGGCUUGUACAGAGAGCUCACCAGUGACAGGGAACUCUGCUGGAUAAGACACAUUGGGGGUGCUGUUACUGGACCAGAGAAGGGUGCUGUGCAUGUGGCCAUAGCUGCUAUCCUGAAUGCUCUGUGGGCCAAGGGAGAGGGAAAGUUUCUGUGGAAGUUACUAGUCGACAUGGCAAGGAAAUCUUGUUAUAUUUCCAGUGGAAAGGAUGCCAAACAAUUGCCAUUCUGCAUGGAUUUCAGACAUACUACUGAUGUGCUAAGAGAUGAAGACGAUUAUGAAAUACUCCAAAAUGGCCUGCUUGGGAAAAAGAAAAGGGAAGAGCAAAUGUUGAAGCAUGGAUAUCUGGCUUAUACAAGAUCCUGUGCCUGGCUGGGCUACUCAGACAGCAGUCAUUUAAGUAAUUUCCCCACUAAGGCAGAGUAUUACAGUCCUGUCCAUGAUCAAGGAUAUACUCAAGGAAUACUAGCAUUGAGAACAAGAUGCAGUGUGGCCUUGAGAGAAGGCUGGACUAGGUUCGAAGUAAAAGCGGGUGCAGAUCUGCAGGAUAUUUGCAGACGCAGAUUUAUAUGAGAAAUGAUUGGCCCAGACAAAAUAAUGAUGCUGGAUGCAAACCGACAAUGGGAAAUAAGGGAAGCAAUAGAGUGGGUCACUAACCAGCUGAGUUUAAACCCUUAUGGAUUAAUGCCAACUUUUCCAGAUGAGUAUAUGCAUGUCCAGAUGGGACAUGCAACCAUUCCAAAAGCCUUACCACUGCUAGGAAUUGGUGUGGCAACCAGAGAACAUUGCCACAACAGAGUCAUAUUUAAACAGCUUCUACAAGCUAAAGCCUUGAGUUAUCUCCAAAUUGACAGCUGCAGGCUGGAAAGUGUAAAUGAAAACUUGUCUGUGCUGCUGAUGGCCAAAAAGUUCCAGAGUAAGGCUCUGCAAAAUGCAGCAGGUAUUGGGGCUCUGUGUGAAUUAGUCCAGCACUUGAUAAUAUUUGAUUUUAUCCCAGUAUCUGAAAGCCUUGAAAGCAGAAAAGAUGUUGCUACAUGGUGGUCACAGCAUGCAUUUGCCUUGUUACCCUACAAGCCUACCUACAUGUGGGCUACAAAGAGAAGUUAG